AAGAAGGGGUAUCCGGUUGUUAAACGAUCUCACUCGAUUUCUGAAGGGCGGAAACGUGCAACUGACACCCCAAAUACCUCCUGGUCUUCACCUAGAGAGAGAAUCACCGGAGAAAAGUGAAAGUGGAGAGAAACAAUGGAGAACAGAAACGUAGUCGUUUGCGACAAUGGCACUGGGUAUGUUAAGUGUGGUUUUGCUGGAGAGAAUUUCCCGACAUCUGUAUUCCCUUGCGUGGUGGGGAGACCGCUGUUACGAUACGAAGAAUCACUCAUGGAGCAGGAGUUAAAGGAUAUUGUUGUAGGAGAAGGUUGUGCUGAAAUGCGGCACCAAUUGGAUAUAUCAUAUCCUGUUAACAAUGGCAUCGUGCAGAACUGGGAUGAUAUGGGACAUGUGUGGGAUCAUGCAUUUUUUAACGAAUUGAAAGUCGACCCUUCAGAAUGCAAAAUUUUGCUCACAGAUCCACCACUGAAUCCCUCAAAGAACCGUGAAAAAAUGGUAGAGACCAUGUUUGAGAAGUACAAUUUCGCAGGUGUUUACAUUCAAAUUCAAGCUGUUUUGACAUUGUACGCUCAAGGAUUGCUAACUGGUCUAGUCAUCGACUCUGGAGAUGGUGUUACUCAUGUGGUUCCAGUUGUUGAUGGAUACUCAUUCCCGCAUCUUACAAAGCGAAUGAAUGUAGCUGGCAGGCAUAUAACAUCUUAUCUUGUGGAUCUUCUCAUGCGUAGAGGGUAUUCAAUGAAUAGGAAUGCAGAUUUCGAGACCGCUAGAAAAAUCAAAGAGAAGCUCUGCUAUGUCAGUUAUGAUUAUAAACGAGAAUAUCAACUGGGACUGGAGACAACUAUCCUUGUUAAAAACUACACGCUGCCAGAUGGAAGGGUCAUCAAAGUUGGCACUGAACGGUUCCAAGCACCCGAAGCUCUUUUCACUCCAGAGCUUAUAGAUGUUGAAGGUGAUGGAAUGGCGGACAUGGUUUUUCGUUGCAUUCAGGAAAUGGACAUUGACAAUAGAAUGAUGCUCUACCAGCACAUAGUUCUAAGUGGAGGAAGUACCAUGUAUCCUGGAUUGCCAAGUCGUUUGGAGAAAGAAAUAGAAGAUCGUUAUCUUGAAACCGUCUUGAAGGGAAAUAAAGAUGGACUAAAGAAGCUGCGUUUGCGGAUAGAAGAUCCCCCUCGAAGGAAGCACAUGGUAUACCUCGGUGGGGCAGUCCUUGCAGGACUCAUGAAGGAUGCGCCUGAAUUCUGGAUAACCAGACAAGACUAUCUUGAGGAGGGUUUUAAUUGUUUAAGCAAGUGUGGACAAGCUUAGCUUAGUUUUUCUUAUGAGAAUCUCCAUUUCAAAUAGUGUGUAAUUUAGAAAAGGUAGUAAAGGAACCAUAAUCAAAGUCAAGAUUCAAGUAUUGUAAUGAGAUUUUUGCUGUAAUUUACACCUCAAAUCUUACUUCAGAGUGAUUAUCCAGCAAUCAAAAUCUGAUAAAGGAACAAUUUGCAAAGAGUAAAACUCAUCUACAUCUAAUCAAUCAAAACGAUCUAAGUUUCUUUAGUUUUCA